AUACGAGGAUAGAGUAAGAGAAUCGAGAACGAGACCUGCUGAUAGUUGAGUUGAGGUACCUGAGGUUUACACAGGGGCUCUAGCUAUCCCUGCUGUCCUCAACUGACUUCUUGCAGCCCUAAGCGCAUAUCUCUAUCCUGAGGAGUCUCGGAGGUUAAAAAAGGAUCUACUACUUGGAUUCUUGGUGCUGGAUAGAUUGAAAGGCAAGUGAGAGUGGAUUCCGGCUUCAAAAACCACUUAGUUCUCUCACUUGGUCUUAUCUUCUUGUGUUCCUUCGUUCUGGUUUGAGAUGCCAACCACACUGCCGAGUUCGAGGGAGGCGGAUGGAGUUUUGGAAGUGAGAUUCGACGACUGGAAGGAUGGAACUGAUAAGAGGAAGAGGAAACCCAGGAAACGAGUCCAUAUUGUGAGGAACCCCUUUGUUUGCUCCAAGUGUUGGACUCGUUGGGCAGAAAAGGAUCUCGAGGGAAACAAGAGCGUUCCACAGCUGCAGAAGCGAAACGACGGGACUUUUUAUCACAAACCUUGCAAAACUCUGCUCAUGCGAUACUAUGAGAUCCCUGCUGCAGACUUGGCAAAGUUUGCCAAAGAGAAGCUUUUCACGGAUCCCAAGUUUCUAAACUUUUUCCCCUCCAUGGCAAACUUGAUCCGGGAAGACAUGCCUGCCACAGAUCAUCACAACACUCAAUGCGAAGGAUCUUGCUGUAUGCAUGACCAGGAGGAUUCGAUGGGCCCUGAGCCGAACGAGACGGCAGACGUUGAGUUCCACGUGAACGACUGCAUCUUCUUCGGUUGGAUCGAGCAGUCGCACAAGACUUGCGCGGCGGCUUCAGUGGCAGGAGCUCUCAAUGCUGUGUUGAACCAUCCUUCCUUCGAGGGAAGGCUCUCCCCAGCUGACGACAAGCUGCAAGUUUACGUGCAGGAGAAGGACGUGAUCGAGUACUACUGCAAGUGGGCAAGGGAAGCCGGGAGGAUCAGCUGCCAUGCCGCCCUGAGAGGGUCUUGCGGGCUGAUUCCCAGCACGAGGAAGAUUGGAAACCCUAGAUUGCUCAGAGCAUGCCAUGCGGUCAGCAAAUCUUUGUGCGUCCAGACGAAGGAGGUCGAGGACACGGCCGGGGUCAAGUGCCCUCCGUUGCUCAAGAGGAUGGGGAACGAGAUCGUCAACUGCGAGGACGAGGACAGUGACGACGCGAGCGACGACUCGUCGGACAGCAUGUCUCCUGUUGAGACCGCAAGGCUCUUGGGGAAUUGGAACUGCAGGGAAGAAAUCGUGGAGGGAGGGCGGUGCUCUCCCAACGAUGACGAGGAGGUGGAGGUGAAGCAGUGGGAGAUGGUCAAGGAGGAGCUGAACGCGGGUCACAGUUUGCUCAUCCACUUCCGCAACCAUUACUCCCUCAUCUUCGCCACCCGCGAGUGGUUCUGUCAUGCUAGUAGCUCGACUCGUCGUCAGGUGCUCACAGCGACGCAGAAGCAGCGGCCGCAUGUUUGGUUCUGCUUCCGACAGCUGCGAGCGGACAUCGUCUACUCCAAGGUGAACCAGCUCAUCGUGAUCCGGCCCAGCAUUGAGAAGUGUCUGGAGACGAGGUUCAAGAGGAGCAGCAGAGCAGCAGAGGAGGCGAGGACGAACGUCAAGGAUCCGGUGGGAGGGCAGCGGCUGAACCGUUUCAACUCUCUCAUUUGUUAG